UCUUUCCUGCGCUUGCUGUCCCACUCCUGCUUCCGCUGCUAGUUCUUCGUCUCUUCUGAAUGCUUCUUCCCCUGCUCUGCUAGCGUCGUCGCCGUAGGAAGCGCCUUAUUCCGCCCCUUUUCCUCCUCCUCCUCCUCGCUCUCAGACAGGUGGAUUUCGUCCCAUGGGAAACUGCUUCUCCGAAGAUGGCCACGGCCUGCGCCCGGGCUACGGCGCCGCUGUUGGCGCCGGGAUGAAUAGCGCCGGCGCAGUCGGUAGCUCAGACAUCUUUCCCACGUCUCGAGGAUCCCGUAUUCCUUUCACCCAGAUCGAGCUGUCUCUAUCUGCUUCAAACUUGAGUGACUCUGAUGCACUGCCACAGUGUGAUCCUUUAGCUGUUGUUUAUGCCAAACAAAAAGAUGGGAAUCUUGUAGAGAUUGGUCGGACUGAAGUGGUACUAAAUACAGUAAAUCCAGCAUGGAAUGGAAAGGUUAUCAUGAACUUUGAAUUUGAGGUUCCGCAACAUGUAGUAUUUCACAUUUUUGACAUUGACUCACAGUUUCAUCAUGUACCAGAGAAGAUGCUUAAGUUGGAAGAGCAACAACUUCUAGGCGAAGCAAGUUGUCUUCUCUCUGAGGUAGUUGCUAAACCCACCCGAUCAGUAACACUACAUCUUGACCAGACAGAAAAGAAUAGGACUCAUCUCAGAACUUCAGGCAAGCUAAAUGUUCAUGUUGAAGAGUGUCUUGGCGCAAAAUCUAUUAUAGAAAUAGUGUUACGCUGUUCGGAGUUAGAAAACAAAGAUCUCUUCUCAAAAAGUGACCCUUUCUUGUUGAUUUCUAGAACUGAGGAUGGAGUACUUACACCAAUUUGCAAGACCGAAGUGAAAAAGAAUGAUCGCAAUCCAAUGUGGAAACCAAUUAUUGUGAAUCUUCAACAAACUUUUAGUGAAGAAAACCCUCUCAUUAUUGAGUGUUUUAAUUUCAGCAGCACUGGCAAACAUGAUCUGAUUGGAAAGGUUGUUAAAUCAUUAGCUGAACUAGAAAAGCUUCACCAAAAUCGUCAUGGGGAGAGUCUCGUUCUACCUCAUGAUAAUGAGGAUAAGGUGUUGAAAAGCCAGAUUUUUGUGGAACAAUUUUCACGAUCCAAAAGUAAAACUUUCUUGGAUUAUAUCUCGGAAGGAUGUGAACUGAAUCUGAUGGUUGCAAUUGAUUUCACAGCCUCAAAUGGAAAUCCGCGCCUACCUGAUUCGUUGCACUACAUUGACCCCUCAGGUCGGCCAAAUGCUUAUCAGAGAGCAAUCCUAGAAGUUGGAGAGGUAUUGAUGCAUUAUGAUGCACAUAAACGCUUUCCUGCCUGGGGCUUUGGAGCAAGGCCUAUUGAUGGUCCUGUUUCUCAUUGUUUUAACCUAAACGGAAGCACUUAUCAGCCUGAGGUAGAAGGUAUUCAAGGUAUAAUGUCAGCUUAUAUAAGCGCUCUACGGAAUGUAUCAUUGGCCGGUCCUACCCUUUUUGGCCAUGUAAUUAAUGCCGCUGCACAAAUUGCUGGGCAGUCACUGAGUAAUGGUGAAAAAAAGUACUUUGUAUUGCUGAUAGUCACAGUAUGUAACUUUAAAUAUUUUUUUAUCCAAAUUGUUGUGAUUGUAUUUUUAUACUGCAAAAUGUUUCUCCAGGAUGGUGUGAUUACUGAUUUGCAGGAGACUAAAGAUGCAUUGGUAAAGGCUUCUGAUUUACCUUUGUCAAUUCUCAUCGUUGGAGUUGGCGGGGCUGAUUUCAAAGAGAUGGAGACGCUAGAUGCAGAUAAAGGUGAGCGAAUAGAGAGCUUGACUGGGAGAGUUGCAUCACGAGCUAUAGUGCAGUUUGCUGCUAUGCGUGAUGUGAAAAGUGGUGAGAUAUCAGUGAUUCAGACACUUCUUGCUGAAUUACCAGGACAGAUUAUGAGUUACAUAAAGUCGAGGGAUAUUGAUGGAUCUUUUUCUUUGCCAAUGGAUAUUGACUGACCUAAUUGAUUCUUUUUUUUUUCUGCCAUCUCAUCUUUCACACUUUAAUUUUUUUUCUCUUUUUUGUUGUAAUUUUUACCUUGGAGCAAAAGUUCAUUGUUUUUGGUCUCA